AUGGCGGACUACUACGACGACUUUGCGACCUACGUCAUGGAGGCCUCAGGCCCCUUCGCUACCCUGAUCGUCGACCUCAAGUUCCAACUCACAAAGCUUCAGUUUGCCGCCGCACCUUACAUCCGCCCCGUCUUCGAACUGGCACAAUCCGCCGAGGAGAGCCUGCCGACUUUCGCUAAAGUGCCGAUUGCGGCUAUUGCUGCUAUUGCUAUCGUCUUGCACGUUGCGAACUACAAUGCUACUGCUCACCUUGAAUACCGCAAGCGUUAUUUCGAGAAGAUCUUUGGGAGAGGUGCUGCCAUCUACAUAUAUGCCGUCUACUUGAUCCUUUCCGCGCUGGUCAGAGAUCACUAUGUCAUGCAGGCUGUGGAGAGUGAUGUGAACUCGCUCGUCCUCUUUCCCCACAAUCUCGCAUCCACCAUCAGCAAGUUCCUCAUCUUCUUUGGCGUGUUCUUGAACUUGUGGACUUUGAAAGCCCUCGGAGUCAAAGGGAUGUACAACGGCGACAGCUUCGGCCACUACUUGCCAAAGCGAGUAGAGGAUGGUCCCUACCUUCUCUUCGACCAUCCGCAAUAUGUCGGCACCACCCUUGCAUUGCUCGGCUAUGCUGUCAAGUUUCAAUCUAUGGUUGGAUAUGCUCUUACAGCGUUGCUUUACGGCGUCUUCAUGGUGUCAGCGUACAAGAUUGAAGAUCCUCAUAUGCGCAGGAUUUUCGCCGAGAAGGACAAGAAGGAAGCUCUCGCCGCGGCUGUCAAUUCUACCACGGGAGUUGGAAGUUCUGACACCCCAAGCGGAAGGAGCUCCACUACCAACCAAAAUGCCACCGGCAAGAAAGGCAGCAAGAAGGGCAGGCGGAUCGACUGA